CUCCUCUUAGGGACUCCCUAUAAAUAGGGCGAGGGAUGAACUUUAAGCAAAUAGUUAUUGGUGAGAUUCUGCCGUGGUCACUGCGUGCUAAGAAAUUGCUAAGAUGUUCAAGUUACUAUCAAUCCUCUAUAUAGCGAGCGCUGUACUCUCAGCAGAGCUACCACGACACAACUUGCAGGAGACUGCCUUUAACCCCGAUCCUAAUGCCGAGCCAGUGUUCACGCAUCCUGUGUCUAAGAAGGCGUCGGAGCCCGUUUUGGACCCUCGCCCGAUCUACAGAGCCGAAGACAAAGAGACUGGGCGGGUGAAUGUGCACCCCGUCAAGCCCACGGGUCCAGUCGUGAAGUACGAUCAGAUGCUGGCGGACCAGCCGAAUGGAGCAGUUUCUGAAGUGAACAGAGUUGACAAUCAACAAAUACCCAACUACGCCUUCGUGCCAGUUCAACCUGAGGUGACGUAUCCGGACAUUGCAUAUGCCCCAGGAUACGGCUACGAUGGUUACCCUCAGUCGAAUGGAUACGACGUGUAUGGCAACAGCGUCGGAAAUUAUUACGAACCCGACACAUCUUCGUUCAGUUUGUUAUGGAGCCAAGUUCCGGACUCGAGGACGAUCGUGAACUACGCAGGCAGGGCAAUAUCCUGGCUCUUCGGCAGCAUCUUCGUACUACUCCUCGGCUCUUUAAUGACCAUCGGCGUGUGCACGUACACGAACUUGUGUACCAUCGCAUUCCACGGCGUAGGGCCCAUCCACGAGGAGAUGCGCUCGCUCAUCACUCCCGAGCGCCUCGAGAACAUCAGCACCGCAGCCACUUUAGUCAAGUCCGCCAUCGAUAAGUACCAGAAGAUACAGAAUGUCGACGCCGUGAGGCGAAGACGCGCUAAUGUUUAUAACUGAUAAACGUUUUUCUUAGAGAUUUAUUGGAUUUGUAUUGUACCUAAAAGAUUUUAUUUUAAAGAUAAUAAAAGUUCCUAUCAU